UAUUUCUGUGCUUGUCCAAUCUCUGUACAGCUUAUAAGUAUAUUGCCGUUCUUAUUUAAUUCACAAAACUGAGAUAUUUCUUAAAAUAUAAAAAUGAUGUUCAUUGCGGAGGAAAACAAGCUUGAUUCUGGGAAAUACACUACAAAUUCUCAAUCCAUACAGUUUGGACCUUGGUAUAUCUCGUACGAUGUUAGUUGUAUAUUACCCAGCGUCUGUUCAACAAAAGUUGUUUGUGAACGAGACGAUGAUCAAUUUUGUCAGUUUUGUAUAUACUGCAAGGAGUUGAAUAUUCCACAUUUUCCUGAUAUGGUGUUUCCGAAAAACAUUCUCACUCUAUCGCACGCAAGCGGUGCUUGUAUAAACUUCAAUCCCCUGGAUGCUUUAAAGCGGGUUUCAAGUAGAGUUGAGGCAAUUGAAGUUGCAUGCGCUGAAGCAUGGUUGGAAUCAAGACCUGAUGCUGAAAAGAAGAAACAAAAUUUUGAUUGGACAUUUUCAACAGAUUACAAAGGCACAUUAGGUGAUAAAGUUGUUGUGGAGCUGACAGAUGAGACUAUAAACUUUGAACUGUUAAAACAAAAAGAUCAAAUACUCUUCUAUCAUGAUUUGACUUUAUUUGAAGAUGAAUUGCAUGAUCAUGGCAUCUCUAAACUUUCAGUAAAAAUUAGAGUGAUGCCGACUUAUUGGUAUGUCUUACUGCGGUACUUUUUACGUGUGGAUGAUGUUCUAGUUCGUUCCCAUGAGACUAGAAUGUUCCACAUGUUGAACUCAAAUUAUAUCCUUCGAGAGUUUACUGCCAAAGAAUCAACAGCAAGCGACUUAAAUAUACCAACAACACAAAUGAAAGAAGCAGAUGAUGUUAUACCAUUUCUUCCCUUGAAGCACAAAGUAACCGAAAAAUUAACAGUGGAAUUUGAAUCAUAAACAAAGAUCUCAAAAAUGUGAUUUAGGAUAAGCAAACAAUAAGUAUAAAUACAUGUUUCUUAAUGUAAA